UUUUAAGUGGCGAAAAUCUGCGUUUGUUAUGUUGAAGGAUUAUAAUCGCAGUGAGUGCUAUUGACGUCGUUGCUGUGGACUAGACAGUGGUGUAUUUAGCUGGCGAACAUGUCCCCUUCCAUGUGGGUGAUGGUUCUUGCGGUAAUGGGGUUCAAUGGAGAGGCAAAAAUUGUCGGUAAAGUAAAAGAAGAUACUGAACAUGAGAUCCAAGCUGUAGAAGGCAAAAGUGUUAGUCUUCCUUGUGAUGUCACUGCUCCGGUAUAUGACAAGGUGUAUAUGGUAUUUUGGUUCCAGCAAGGUUCCGGAUUCCCCAUUUACAGUUUCGACGUCAGAGGAAAGCCAUUAUCUCAGGCGCGACACUGGUCCGCCCCGGAAGUUUUUGGGACACGUGCCUAUUUCCAGACGAUCUCGGAACCAGCGCAAUUAGUUAUCGAGGACGUGCGGAGGCACGACGAGGGCAUUUACAGGUGCAGGGUUGACUUCAAAAACGCCCAAACUCGGAGCGUUCAAUACAAUCUAACUGUAGUUGUUCCACCUGAAGCUCCAAUACUCCUCGACAAAUGGGGUCGUCUUCUAAACGGCACCAUUGGACCCCAUGAGGUUGGAGACGAUAUUACUUUGACCUGCAGAGCAGUGGGUGGUCAUCCACAACCUACGGUACGAUGGCUAGUCAAUGGGAUUGUCGUGGACGCAGAGUAUGAGCAUAACGCUGGAGACGUGAUAGAGAACCGACUGAUAUGGCCAUCUGUGGCAAGGAAAGAUUUGGACGCGAUAUUUACCUGCCAAGCACAGAACACGAAACUUACUGAGCCUAAGGAAGCGAAUGUCAUUUUGGAUCUCAUCCUUAAGCCGCUGACUAUAAACAUCCUGAGAACGCAGAGCCCGCUGGUCGCGGACAAGAGAUACGAGGUGUCCUGCGAGUCGGCAGGAUCGCGUCCCCCGGCGAUAAUUACGUGGUACAAAGGGAAGAGACAACUACGAAGGACCAAGGAAGAAACGGCGACCAACAUGACAAUAAGUGAAUUGAGUUUCGUGCCGACGACAGAAGAUGAUGGAAAAUCCAUCACCUGCAGAGCCGAAAACCCGAACGUAACCGGCCUUUUCCUCGAAACAUCUUGGAAAAUCGACGUAGUUUAUCCUCCCAUUGUGGACCUGACACUGGGAAGUACUCUGAAUGCUGAUGACAUCAAGGAAGGGGACGACGUCUAUUUCGAAUGCAAAGUUAAAGCCAACCCGCACUGGAGACGAUUAAAUUGGUUACAUAAUGGCAUCCUCUUGCAUCACAACAUGUCCAGCCGAAUCAUCCAUAGUAACCAAAGCCUCGUACUGCAAAAAGUGAACAGGCAAAGUGCCGGUAUUUAUCGGUGCUCUGCUGUUAAUUCCGAGGGCGAAACAGUCAGCGACGAACUUCAUUUUAGGGUGCAAUACGCUCCGACAUGUAGAUUUGACAAAGUUUUGGUGCUCGGAGCAUCUCGCGGUGAAAGCAUCGACGCGUUGUGUGAAAUCGAAUCGGAUCCUCCGGCCAAAAACUACAAGUGGAAAUUUAACAAUUCUGGCGAAACAUUGGACGUCGAUUCAGACCGAUUCUCCAAAACUAGCAACGGAACAGUGAGCAUUCUCCGUUAUACUCCCAUCACGGAGAUGGACUAUGGGUCCUUAUCCUGUUGGGCAUCCAACGCAGUUGGGCAACAGAUAAAUCCAUGUAUCUUCCAAAUCGUUGCAGCUGGAAAGCCAUUUCCAUUAAAGAACUGCACCCUUACCAACCAAACAAGUAACUCUGUCGAAGUAUUCUGUUUGCAAGGCUUCGACGGCGGCUUACCCCAGCACUUCAUUUUGGAGCUGUACACCAUAAACUCCAAUACGCCCAGGUUCAACAUUACAUCCGUCUCCGAGCCGUACUUUUUUCUAGAAAACCUGGAACCAGACGUUACAUUUAGAAUUGUCGUAUUCGCCGUUAACUCCAAAGGAAGAAGCAACGGGGUAGUCUUGGAGGAGCUUACGUUUAGAGAUGCGGAAAAACGUACUGCAUCGGAUGGCGAUAUCGGGGUCUCUCCAAUAUUGGGCGUUUUGAUCGGUGCAGUUUUGACUGUAGUCGUAGUAAUCAUAAUCGUGGUCUUGCGUAUUCGUAAAGCCAAAGAAGAUCAACACCUGGUCCUCGAAGAAAAGACGUCAGGUAUUCCGGCACAUUGUAACACACUGUCUUCCACCAAACCGCUGCUAAGAAGUGCAUCACCAAGAGAAAUGGACGAAAGAGAUCCCGAUAUAAUCCCUGUCAAAUACGGAUCGUCGGAUUUAGAAGGUGAUAUUAAAAACUUAAAUGGGUCCCACUUGACCCAGUGCAGCAGCGGCGACGACUCUCCAACUUACCCCAUGGAUAGAGCACCGCUCCAUAUGGUACCGCCAUCCGCAUCGCUGCUGAUGGAACAGGUGAAUCAGUACCACCAAUAUAGUAAUCCAGUGACAAUGAUCGGUACUUUCCCACGGGAUUCCAGGCCAAAGGAUCUUCAGCUGAGUAAUGGUCAUUCGACAGUAUCCCGUGUCUCAGAUCUUGAAUUAAACGGGAAUGCCAUUAAGGAGAGGUUAAUGGCUAGUCGACUUCCAGAGAGCUGCGUCUAAGUAUAAAUGUGGUUAUAUUACCUAUUUUAGAUAAAUAGUGCAUAUCGAAUGAGAACGUGUUAUGAAUUUUGCUGUAAGUACCGUCCAAUAGGAAAUUUGUGAAGGCUAGAAGAUAUAGAACCGGCGAAAAGGUUGCGUGAAAUUCAAACUGGCAUUUAUUUGUUUAGUGUUACGCAAAUUGUGGAAGCUAGUCGUUUAGUACCGAGACUUUCAACCAAAGCUAAUUUUAGGCAUGCCUUAAGUUCAACUUUCAUAACAAAUUAUUUAGGAAGGUAAAUGACUAGAGUACACACACAUUUUUGAUUAUAACCGACUUACGAUCAUUUAUUUUAGAACCGAGUAUUCCCAAAAACUUUACUACGAUAUAAUUUUGCUUGAAAAUAAAAAAAUCAACAUAUGACUUUUUCUGAAAACUGUACUACUACUACCAUUACAUUUAUGUCUGUCUGACGCCUGCAAAAAAAAAUCAUAUAUUAGACUUAUGUCCUUUAUAUCAAAAAUGCUGUUUACAUUGAUCUCAACAUCUCUGUCGAUUACUCCAACUGAAAACCUUUGUCAUAAUAUUUGGGUUUAUUUCCUUAUG